AUGAAUGCCUUCCGGGACCCUCGAUGGGGCAGAGGCCAGGAGACACCUGGUGAAGACAUUCUGGUCGUCUCGAACUACGUCCAGAACUUCAUCGCAGGGUUACAGGGCGAGGACCCGAACGAAAAGAUGAUCAUCGCUACGUGCAAGCAUUUCGCCGCCUACGACAUCGAAACUGCCAGGCGUGCCAACAACUACAACCCUAGCCAGCAGGACCUGCAGGAUUACUUUCUGCCCGCCUUCAGACGCUGUGUUCGAGACAGCAAUGUCGGCAGUGUCAUGUGCUCUUACAACAGUAUGGAUGGAAUCCCAGCAUGCAGUAGUGAGUAUCUAUUGAAGGAGGUUCUCAGAGAUACAUGGGGCUUCACCAAGGAUUAUCAAUAUGUCGUGUCCGAUUGUGCUGCGGUGACGGACGUGUGGCUUCGACACAACUUCACCGACACGGAGCAGGGGGCGGCUUCCAUUUCAUUGAAUGCUGGCACGGAUCUAGAGUGUGGUUCGUCGUAUCUUCGUCUUAACGGCUCCUUGGCCGACAAGCAGGUCACCGAGGAGCGUGUCGGCGAGGCCCUGACGCGCUUGUACAAGGCACUAUUUACCGUCGGGUACUUCGAUGGCAGUGCUCAUAGCUCGAUAGGCUGGUCUGACGUAUCUACGAACGAUGCGCAGCAACUUGCCUACCAGGCUGCCCGCGCAGGAAUGACCCUCCUCAAAAACAACGGUGUUCUUCCGCUCAGCAACGGCAAGUUCAAGUCCGUUGCUCUUGUCGGGCCAUUCGCCAACGCCACUUCGCAGAUGCAAGGAGGUUACCCUGGAACCGCACCUUAUCUUCGAAGCCCUCUUUGGGCAUUCACGGAACAAAACGACUUGGAAGUCAACUAUGCUAUGGGUACCGAAAUCAACAGCACUAGCGACAGCGGCUUCGCAGACGCACUGGCAGCUGCCAAGAAGUCCGAUGUUGUCUUAUAUUGCGGUGGAAUCGACCUAUCCAUCGAGUCUGAGGCAAAUGACCGUGUGGCCAUCACCUGGCCCGGAAACCAACUCGAUCUCAUCAGCCAACUAUCAAAGUUGGACAAGCCUCUUGUCGUUGCCCAAUUUGGCGGCGGACAGGUUGACGACACGGCCCUGGUGGAGAACGAGAACGUGAAUGCCUUGUUCUGGGCGGGAUUGCCAAGCCAGUCCGGAGGCCUGGCUUUGCACGAUCUUGUCGUCGGCAAGGAAUCCUUUGCUGGCAGAUUACCAUCCACACAGUACCCUGCCAGCUAUGCUCAGGAUGUCAGCAUCUUCAACAUCAACCUUCAACCAAACGGGACAUUCCCAGGAAGGACCUACAAGUGGUACACUGGCAAGCCCGUCUUUCCUUUCGGAUACGGCCUGCACUACACAAAAUUCAAGUUUGCCUGGAAGUCAACAUUAGAGCCCAGUUAUGAGAUUUACAGCAUCGUAUCCUCUACAAAACCCGGCGCCAGCGGGAAUGUGACCGAUAUCACGCCGUUUAAAACCAUCACUGCAACCGUUGACAACGUGGGCGAUUUCAAUUCUGACUACGCCGGUCUUCUUUUCCUCUCCAGCAAGAACGCCGGUCCCGAGCCGCGGCCAAAUAAGUCCCUGGUUUCAUACUCCCGGCUGCACAAUAUCACGGCCGGUGGCAGCGCCGAGCUCUCGCUGCGCUUAACCCUCGGCUCGCUUGCUAGGUCUGACACCAAGGGAGAUUUGACAAUCUUCCCUGGCGACUACACGUUGGAACUGGACAAUGACAAGUCUUUGACUUUCAACUUCACGUUGACUGGCGACCCUGUUGUAAUCGACUCUCUACCUGCUCCAAAAGCGAGCUAUGAGUUCGCUGUGCCGGUUCACAUCCAGCCCCCAUCUGACAGGGCAAUGGGUCCGGCCUAA